CCUCCGCAGCUCUGCGGGAAGCUGCCGGGUAUGGAGGGGGACGGCAGCCUCGACAUCCCGACCCAUCCCGAAGAUGGGAGCAGCAGCCUGGGCAACAGCAAGGUGGAGGUGGUCUUCUGGCUCCUGUCCAUGCUGGCGACGCGGGACAAGGACGACAUGUCCCGCACGCUGCUGGCCAUGUCCAGCGCCAUCGUGGCCCAGCUGGCCUCCGACAGCGAGGAGCUGCACCAGGUGGUGCCAAGCAUCCUGAGGAACCUCUCCUGGCGUGCCGACAUCAACAGCAAGAAGGUGCUGCGGGAGGUGGGCAGCGUGACGGGGCUGACGCAGUGCGCACUGCACGCCACCAAGGAGUCAACGCUCAAGAGCGUCCUCAGCGCACUCUGGAACCUGUCGGCGCACAGCACGGAGAACAAAGCUGCCAUCUGCGUGGUGGAUGGGGCCCUGGGCUUCCUGGUGAGCACCCUCACCUACAAGUGCCAGAGCAACUCGCUGGCCAUCAUUGAGAGUGGGGGCGGCAUCCUCAGGAACGUAUCCAGCCUCGUCGCCACACGUGAGGACUACAGGCAGGUGCUCCGGGACCACAACUGCCUGCAGACGCUGCUGCAGCACCUGCGGUCACACAGCCUCACCAUCGUGAGCAACGCUUGCGGCACGCUGUGGAACCUCUCUGCCCGCAGCCCCAAGGACCAGGAGCUGCUCUGGGACCUGGGGGCUGUCAGCAUGCUGCGCAACCUCAUCCACUCCAAGCACAAGAUGAUCGCCAUGGGUAGUGCAGCUGCCCUUCGCAACCUGCUCACCAACCGGCCCCCCAAGUACAAGGAUGCCACCGUCAUUUCCCCCGGCUCCUGCAUGCCUUCCCUCUACAUGAGGAAGCAGAAGGCUCUGGAGGCCGAGCUGGAUGCAAAGCACUUGGCUGAGACCUUUGACACCAUGGAGAAGCAGAGCCUGAAGAGCCAGAGCAUGAAGAAACCGAUGCGGCACAUGGAGAGCCUGGUGAAGGACUAUGCCUCUGACUCUGGCUGCUUUGACGAUGAUGAGGUGCCCAACGUCUCGACCGGAGUGGAGACGGGGAACACCUCCGUCCUCUCCAUGUUCCUCAACUCCUCCUUCCUCCAAGGUCAGGCCCUGCCCCGGGCCCUUGCACAGAGGAGGUGCCCGGAGCCAGAAAAGGACACUAGCAGCAAGCCAACCGAGCCCAAGAAGCCACCGUUGCCAGAGGAUGAUGUUUCACUGGCUGCCGAGAAGCUGGCCAACAAGAUCUCCAGCACAGUGGCCAAGAUCGACAAGCUGGUGGAAGACAUCUCCACCAUGCACACGUCCUCGGAUGACAGCUUCAGCCUCAGCUCCGAGGACCACUGCCUGGACUGGCAGUACGGCACCGAGGAGGCGCACGAGGCGCGCGCCCAAUCCUGCUCGCCGUGCCGCCUCUCAGACGCCAGCGGCUUCGUGAAGCGGGAGAACCUGAGCCGGGCGCACACGCUGCUGCGGCUGAAGACUGCCUACACCAGCUUCUUGUCCAGCGACAGCCUCAACAGCGGCAGCACCAGCGACGGCUACUGCACCAAGGAGCACAUGAAGCCCUGCACCCGGGCCUCCUUCCUCGACUACCGAGAGGAGCUGCAGCGGUACCAGAAGCGGCCCAGCAGGCUCGACCUCAAGAACAUCCUCAGCAACAAGCCAGAGCGGAUUGAACCACCCGCACUCAAGGCCAAAGACCCUGGGGAGCCGGACAAGCCGGAGCAGAAAGACCUGCCUGAAAGGGCCAAGAAGACAGUGACUUUCCCCAGUCCCAAGGCGAUGGACAAGGAGACUGAAUGGAAGAAGGACACAGGCAGCAAGCUUUCCUCCGACCCACAGGUCCACACGAUCAAACUCUCCCCAUCCUACCAGCACAUUCCCCUGCUCGAGAACCUGGCCAAGAGCAGCUCAGCCACCGGUGCUGGGGCGCUGGCCAGUGCUGGCCACCACCCCUCACUCCUGGGCAGAAAGCAAGCCUGGCUGCCCCCUGUGCUUCUGCAGACAGCCGAGACCCUCAGCAAGAUCCCAGAAAAGCUAUCUGCCCGCCCACCAGCCACGGCAGAGCAGGAGUCGGUGCAGAAGUACUCAGUGGAGGACACUCCGAUUUGCUUCUCCCGGUGCAGCUCGCUCUCCUCCCUCUCCUCAGCUGACAAUGUACUGGACGGGCAGAGCCACAGCGAGAAUGACAUCGACAGUGACUCCUCCCUGGAGAUCAUCGAGAUGGAAGAAGGGGAUGGGGAGGCUGAGGAUGGGAGGCAGGAGAAAGAGAAGACAGUGGAUCCAGGCCCAGCCACGGCAGUUGGGAUUUCUCAGCCCAUUACAAUCCCCUUCCAGAAGCGGGACAAGAUCUUCCUGCGGGAGUCGUCCCCGUCACGCCACGAGGACCUCACGCCCUCAAGCUCAUCAGAGAACUACAUCCAGGAGACACCGCUGGUGAUGAGCCGAUGCAGCUCUGUCAGCUCCUUGGGCAGCUUUGAGAGCCCGUCCAUCGCCAGCUCUAUCCAGAGCGACCCUUGCAGUGAGAUGAUCAGCGGCACCAUCAGUCCCAGCGAGCUGCCUGACAGCCCGGGGCAGACCAUGCCACCCAGCCGCAGCAAGACGCCCCUCUUUGAGCUGGGGUGCCAGCCGGAGAAGGAGACUAGCCAGUUCAACAUCCAGUGGGAGAACAACGUCAAGAAGUUCAUGGAGAUCACCGACUUCAAGGAACGUUUCCAGCUGCCCCAGGACCUGGACUCUAUGGUCUACUUCACGGUGGAGAAGCCCAACGAGAACUUCUCCUGUGCCUCCAGCCUCAGUGCCCUGCCCCUCCACGAGCACUAUGUCCAGAAAGAUGUGGAGCUCAAGCUGAUGCCCACCUUCCCAGAGAAGAACAGCUUGAACUUUGUGGCUCAUGAGAAGCGGGAGGACAGGCGGGAGGAGCGGUACCUAGAGGGCAGGAGAAGGGUGGACCGCCCAGACCCCAACUCCGAUGAUGACAUCGAGAUCCUGAAGGAGUGCAUCAACUCUGCCAUGCCCUCCCGCUUCCGCAAGGUGAAGACGUCCCUGCUCUCCGGCCAGGUGCUGCAUCCGCAGACCAAGAAGGCCAUGCACGUGCCCGUCUACAUGCUGGUGCCUGCCCACUCGCACCCCGGUGUCCCCAAGCACCUGCGGGCCACCGCCCGGGACCUCUUCAAGGACGACGACUCCUUCACCGACUCGGCCGAUGGCACCCCCGUCAACUUCUCCAGUGCCGCCUCGCUGAGCGACGAGACCCUUCGCUACCCCACCAAGGAGGAGGCUGAGCACCCUGGGAAGAGGCUGGAGAGGAGAGAGGUGGCCACGCUGCCUGGGGGGCGCAGCCCGAUUCCCAUCUUCACCAUAGCCAGCCCCAUUGCGAGCCUCCUCCUUGCAAAAAAGAGCAUCUUCCCUAGUGGGGAAACUGAGGCAGGAACAAGAGGCAGUGGCUGCUGA